AUGGCCCCCGAACUGAGAAAAAGAACCAGAUCCGUCACUGGCAAGGAGCCUAUGGCGAAGAAGGCGGCCAAGGUCGAAAAGGUUGAAAAGGUUGAGCCUGCGACCGAAAAGGCGCCCAAGAAGGUAACCAAGAAGGCCACCAAGGAGGAGAAGGUCGAGAAAGCUCCCAAGCGCAAAGCUCCCGAGGAGGCGCAAGCUUCCCCCGUCGCGGCGAAGAAGCAGAAGCCCGUCAAGGCGAACGCGAAGUCGAAGAAGUCUGCCGCCCCCGCGCCCGCCGAGCCCGUCGAGGAGGAAGAGAAGGAGAAGGAGGCUGAGCCCGAAGCCACCGAGGAUGCCGAGACCUCUGUCGUAGCGUUCGAGGAGGAGGAUGACGAUGAGGAGGUCGACGCUGACAUUGCCGCCCUCGCCGCCGGCCUGGACCCGGAGGACGCGCCAGCCGGCGACGGCACCGUCUUCAAGUCGGGCCAGGACGUGGGCAAGGUGCCCAAGUUCAAGAAGCAGAAGCAGUUGACAAACGGCAAAAAGGAAGAGCCCGGCGUGGUCUUCAUCUCCAGGCUGCCCCACGGCUUCUACGAGCACGAGCUCAAGGGCUACUUUUCACAGUUUGGCAACAUCACCCGCCUCCGGCUGGCGCGCAACAAGAAAUCCGGCGCGAGCAAGCACUACGCCUUUCUCGAGUUCGCCGAGGCCAGCACGGCCGAGAUCGUGGCCAAGACCAUGGACAGCUACCUGCUGUUCGGCCACAUUCUCAAGGUGAAGACGGUGCCGGCGGACCAGCUGCACGAGGACGUGUGGAAGGGCGCCAACAAGCGCUUCAAGAAGAUCCCCUGGCACAAGAUCGCCGCCGGCGAGGUGGCCAAGCAGAGGACCGAGUCCGACUGGACGCACAAGGUGUCCAAGGAGGAGAAGAAGAGGCUGGAGCGCGCCGAGAAGCUCAAGGCUAUCGGGUACGAGUUUGAGGCGCCCAAGUUGAAGGAGGCUGUUGCGCCGCCGCCUGAGCCCAUGGCUGUCGACGCGCCUGAGGAGACCAAGGCUAUCGAGGCUGCGCCGGUUGAGGAGGAGAAGAAGGAGGAGGCUGCCAAGGAGGAGGAGGGGAAGGUUGCCGAGGUUGAGACGCCCAAGUCUGCGAAGAAGGCGACGCCCAAGGGCGGCAAGAGGAGAAAGUCCAGGGGUUAA